CUUAAUUAAUUUAUAUAUUAAUUAAGAUCCAUCCCAAUAUUUUCCACUAUAAAUAAACUACUUCAGUUAAAUCCAUCACAUUUUGUGUUCCAAUAAAAGACACAUACAAGGCUCAUACGACAUGUCGUUUGUUCCCAAAAUCUGUGGUGGCGAAGAAGUAAUCCUAGACCCAUUCCUGUCGUUGAUGAACAAGUGCCCUGUUCUCAACACCCCAACUGACUGGAAAGAGACCCCGAAAGCCCACGUGUUCGUCUCCGACCUUCCCGGGUUGACCAAAGACCAAGUCAAGGUCGAGGUCGUCGAUGGCCGAGUUCUGCAAAUAAGCGGAGAGAGGAAAAACGACGAGGGUGAUUAUUGUGGGUUACCCAAAGAGCAGAGUCGUCAUCAUGGUGACACGUGGCAUCGCGUGGAGCGUUCACGUGGGAGGUUUCAUCGGAGGUUUCGGUUGCCGGAGAAUGCUAAGGUGAAUGAGGUGAAGGCUACGAUGGAGAAUGGAGUGCUUACUGUCACCAUUCCCAAACAAGAAGUGAAAAAACCAGAGACAAAGCUUGUUCAGAUUCAAGCUAAUUAAUUUAAAUUAAGGAUAUCUUAUAUAUAAUUAUUACAAAUUAAUAAAAGAGGAGAGUGUGGUGUGUGACUUUUGUUUUUUGUUUUUUGUUUUAAAGGAUUGUGUAAUUAAUUAUGAAUAAUAUUUAUGUUGGUUGGUUUUAUUACUAUGAAUAAAUAAAUAAAGUGGUUUCUCAA